GUAAAUUGGUGCCCUUAAAGUGUAGGAAGUAAUGCCUGGGAAUGGGGGAGUGCUUGGAAAUCAGAUGUUUUCUUCAUAAUGUAAACUACUGCUUGGAAUGAGUCGGGUAUUUUCGACGCCAUGUAUGUAAAAGCGAAUUGCUUUUGUUUCUAAUGCCACCCAUUCACCACUUUCGCACAUUUCCCUUCUACAUGCAGUAUUCAUAUAAGGGCUAAAUACCAAAAUGACACAUGCUUGUAAUUAACUUUUUUCAGCUGAUGCCGUCCGGUGGAGCUUCGUACGGGAACUACUACUGCUUACCUUGUGCCAAAACGUUGGAUGAACGCACAAAAAGCCCGGAACGAGCAUUUUUAUAGGCCGAAAUAAACAUUAGCUCAUUUACAAGGCGUUUUGCGUCUACUUUAUGAAAUUGCACGUGGAACAGAUUCGAUGGAGGCUUGUAAAGAUCGUUUGCAAUCAUUUUCAUUGAAUGAACGACUCCGCACUAGGACCGCACGCGAUCUAGCAGCAGAAGCAAAAAAAAAAAAAAGAAGAGGGGGGUGGGGGCGCCGAGUAGCCCAGCCGGUGUAGCGUGUGCUAGCUGGCGUUCAAAACGCGCGCGUCCAAACGCGAAACCGGAAGAAGUUAUUAAACCCAUCCGUUUGGUGCGCUACAGUCAAUUGGGAGUGUCCGCUCUUGUUGAACGUCUUUCUCAUAUGAGGCGUUGUUUUAUAUGCUGUGCCGGCGCAUGCGUAUGGCAGCGAGCAGACUAUGGCCGCGGUCUGGAAGCCACUGCGCUGGAGAACCACCGCCUUGUGUUGAUCUUCACGUUCAUCGUUGUGUGUCACCUGGACUGGACCUGGCGCGGAAGUUGCCAUGUCGAAGGGAUCCGAAGCUUACAUCGUUUUUAAGCACCUCAAACGCCCGCAAAAGUGGGGAAACGCUUGGACUGGCUACGUAGAAUCGCAAGAGAAGUACGACGAAUUCGUGUCCGCUCUAGCCGCCUUCGGCAUCUCAUUCAAAACCUUGAGAACGAGGCCCUCGCUCAGCGUAAAAGGGAGGCUCCUGCUGUGCACUCAGCGUGGUGGUGUCUCCAUAAAGGAAGAUGUGCCGUUCAAGGUUGUGGAGAGUCAGAAGAGAGGCUGCAUUUUUCAAAAGUGCAGCGAGGAAGAAGAAACAAGUGAGUUGGCAGCCACCUUGACUGAAGAUCCCGAGUCCCCAGGCGUAAGGAAGGGCCUCUGCCCUGCAAUGAUGUUCGUCAAACAAAUUGAGAGGUACCCAGAAUUCCGGGUGCCCUAUUUAAACCAAUACAGUACCAGACGGGGACGUGAAGCUGCUGUAUCGACAACAAUAUCGCGACUGAAGCUUGCUCUUAAGAAAGAGGCAGCUGGGAAACCUGUGCUCAGGCAGCGUCGCAUUUACAUCACUAUGGAUGACCAUACGUGCCAUCACCACCACGAUAGCGAUUCCAUUUGUGAAGAACAACCAGUGAACACAAACGUAUUGCAGAACAAGGCGGAAAUGGCACAGCCCAAUCGGACAUCAGCCAGAAGGAUCGGGAGCUGCUUGACAUAUUACGUUAAAGAAGUUCUCGUGGCAGAUAAGCCGAAUCCGAGGAUCAGCUCCGACGAUUGUUAUGCUACAAAACGAAGUAUAAAUGAUCACAUUCAGAGAGCCCUUCAGAAGGAAGGGUUUAGUUCCCUCGAGCAAAAGGGUAUCACAAGGUGUGUGGAAGAACUGAACGAGAAAUCGCCAAUGACAAGCCCUCUUUUUUUUACUUAUGAGCAGAGAAGGAGGAGGGAGUUGCAGAGAAGGAGGAGAGAGUUACAGAAUGACAAUGAGCGCCAAGCUGUGCAACUUGACUGCGAUGUCUUAGCGACAGUAGCAAGCGAAUGUAAAACGGCACUGCUGCAUUGCACCCACACAAAUUUCAUGAAGAAUCUCAUGCUCAAAUAUUUUGAGGUAGUGGUAUGUAUGGAAGCUGUGUACGACAGAACCAAUUAUGCCCUGCCAGUUUUUCUUAUUUGUUUCAAGACACCAAGCUCUUACGCCGUGGUCGGGGCAUUUGUCAUUCACUUUGAGAUGGCCGACUGCAUAGAGGAGAUGCUUGAUUUGUUGAAGGCCAGUGACUCGGACACUGUCAGUACAAAGUUUUGGGUAGUUAAGCACAGCCAAGCGGAUAUCCGUGCAUUUUCUUCCAGUUUUCCAAGGAGCCAUCCUCUUUUGUGCAAUUUCCACCGAGAACAAGCAUGGAGUGGGUGGCGAUCCGAAGAGGCAAGCAUUGCAAGCAACAUAAGCUUAGUUAAGAAAAUGCUGCAGGAAGUGGCAUGUAGCAAGAAUGAGGAUGGACGCAAGUUGGCAGUUGAAGCAUUGGAACAGUCUCCCUAUUGGCAGGAAAAUAAGAAGCUGCAAGAAUUCAUAUGCCAAAAAUGGCUGUUGGUCAGGGAAAUACUGGCAAAAAUGCACAAAUAUGCUUUUCGUUUUGACAACACAGACGAGGAUUCGGAGACUAAAAGUGGAAAGCUACAAGCUUGUUUGACACAAGGUGGUAGUCGCCAUGAAGUUCGGGGACUGGUUCGAGUUUUUGCGAAGAUGUUUUCUCCAGAAAGUGAAGUGCAGGCUUUGCAGGUCAGCACGAACUCUCUUCCUAGCUACCCUCUCCUCCACGACACUUUACCCAAGUUUCUCCAUGGCAAAACUUCUACUGUAACGAAACAAAUCAUGGAACACCUGACGAGAGCUGCUAACUACAGAAGGUCAGAAAUUAAGCCAGGCAAAGAAGAAGGUACAUUUUUUGUCCAAUCGACUGCUCAGAGUAGCAGCUUUGAUGAAGUGAACAUCAAUGUUCCAAGCUGCACUUGUUCUUACUUUGUACAAAAUGCAUCGCCGUGCAGGCACUUAGCGGCGGUCUUAUUGCUUGACGAGGGUUGGGACUUCUCACGCCUGCCGGCCGCUUACAGGAAUGAGCCACAUACGACAGCCCACGCAGAUGCUGAUUGCGCAUCACAGCAAACAGUGACCAAAGCAUCAGAAAUGGAAGUUUGUAUCAACGUCGAACAGAAUGAGCCACAUAUGACAGCCCAUGAAUAUGCUGAUUCCACGUCAGAGGAAAUAAUUAGCGAGGCAUCACAUAUGGAAGUUUUUAUCGAGGCUGAGACAAAUGAGCCACGUAUCACAGCCCAUGAAGAUGUUGAUUCCAUGUCGCAGGAAAAAAUUAGCGAGGCAUCGCAAAUGGAAGUUUGUUUGAAGGCUGAGCCGAAUUAUCCGCACACUGCAGCCCACGAAGAUGCUGAUUCCACAUUGUGGGAAACGAUUAGCAAAGCAUCAGGAAUGGAUGUCCGUAUCAAGGUGGAGCCAAAUGAGCCAGAUAUGACGGUCUGUGAAGGCUCUAAUUGCACUUCACAGGAAAUGAUUAGCAAGGCAUCAGAAAUGGAAGUUUGUGUCAAGCUUGAGCCGAAUGAGCCACAUAUGACCGUCUGUGAAGGCUGUAAUUGCACGUCGCAGGAAAUUAUUAGCAAGGCAUCACAAGUGGAAGCUUGUAUCAAGGUUGAACCGAAUGAACUACAUGUGACAGCUCACAAGAAUGCCGAUUGUGCAUCCCAGGAAACGAUUAGCAAGGCAUUGGAAAUGGAAGCUUGCGUCAAGGUUGAACGGGACCUACAGCCCAUAGAACUUCUAUUUGAACGUUGUACUGAAGAGCACAAAGUGGAGGUCUUUCAACAGAGUACGUCUCACACAAAGUCACAAAUUGGAGCUCAAAUGGAGGAGAUAGAUUCUCUGCUUUGUUAUGUACAUGACAAUACUGUGUUGCAACGCGUGCUAGACAAGUUCAAUCAAGUGGGAGCACUGGUGGAACAAAAUGUGCCUGGAUGUAGUGCAGUGAGGAUAGAGAGACAGACGGAUGAGGGACACAGUAGUAGUAAAAGGAAAGGAGUAACUCCGACAGCAUCAAUAAAAAAUAAAAAAGAUUACAGCAGGCCAGUACACAGAAUGAGGUAACUGUAAGUAAGGACACGUGGAAGAUUUGUUCGCAUUAUGUUGUGCACUCACGUUAUCCUGCAUGAUUUUGUGCAUGUUCAUUUAAACACAUUGGUCUACAUCACAUGAAAUAUUGAUUCUGGUCGGCCAAUGCAGGUUUUAUCGAUGCAAGACACUGGGCUCUCUUCUCACGCAGAUUUCACUAGAGAAUGAAAACUUGUGAAAAUCCAUGCUAUUAACCUCAAAUAGAUAUUGCUCUUUGCUUUCAAAAAUCCAACACAUGAACAAUGACUAUGUUCUUCAUGCCCUUGCCUCUCCUCCAUCAGACUUCUCCACAUCCCAGUCACCUUGUGCUCCAGCAUGGAGCUUGUACAGUGUAUGCUGUGUACUGCUAUGUUUUUGCUUGUUAAACUUUUCCCAGUGAC